GACUCAACAAUCAUAAAGCGGUGUUUCACAAAUACAUAUGUAUACUGAGAAUAAUAUUGACAUUCUUCCAGGUCCUCUAAAUUGCGGCAGUCCAGACAAGAACGUAAACACAACCAUAAAAGGCGCAGACUACAACGUAGGCUCUAAGAUAGAGUACAGUUGUCCACCUGGCAACGUCCUUAUUGGAGACAAAGUGCGCAGUUGCGAAAAGAAUGCUAUAUGGACUGGCAGUGCACCCUCCUGUCGAUAUGUAGACUGUGGACCGCCUCCAAAACUAGAAAACGGCACUGUAUCCCUAGUAAACGAAAGCACCACGUACGGUGCCAAGCUGCUUUACACUUGCAACGAAAACUACACGCUAGUAGGUGAAGAGAUACAAGUUUGCAAAAAGGACGGCAAAUGGAGUGGAACAGUUCCAAAAUGUUUGUUCAGCAUUUGCCAGGAGCCUCCAUCGGUACAUGGAGGCAUGAUCAAUGUAUCCGGGUAUAAGGUCGGCGAUACAGCCACAUAUAACUGCCUUACUGGAUAUGUUAUGUUUGGCAUGGAGAAAUUACGUUGCGGCCUGGGAGGCGAAUGGGUGGGCAAACCUCCAUUUUGUAAGUACGUGGAUUGUGGAUUUCCUACUGACAUCGAAUACGGCAAAUAUGAUCUCAAAAACGGCACAACGAUCGUAGGAAGUAUUGUGGAGUACACGUGUAUAGACGACUAUUGGCUAGAUGGAGAGAGACUGCAAAGAUGCACCAGGGAGGGAAAAUGGACAGCAGACGCUCCGGUGUGUCAACUUAUCACUUGCGAUGAGCCGGAAGUGCCUCCAGGAAGCUAUGUGAUAGGCUACGACUUCAACGUACAUUCCAAGAUAGAGUACCAUUGUGAAACAGGACACUUACUCAUCGGCAAAUCAUCUCACGUCUGCGAGAAAACUGGAGAGUGGUCGGAUUCUGUUCCUGUUUGUGAAUUUAUCGACUGUGGCAAGGUACCGCCUCUAAAUAACGGCAACGUCGAGUACAUAAAUGGAACCACUUAUCUGAAAAGCGAAGUGCGCUAUUCGUGCAACAAGAACUUCAAACUGAUUGGUACUCCUAAGAGGAUUUGUCAAGAAAAUAAACAAUGGAGCGACGAUACACCCAAAUGUGAAGAAAUAAGAUGUCCAGAACCUGUAAUCCCAGAACACGGAGUGAUAUCAGUAACUGGAAACGACAGGUUAUACGGAAGAACGUUGAUAAAGACAGCGGAGUCUUCGCAUACAGGAGCUACUUCUUACAAAGUGGGAGCAUCGUUAAAAUAUCGCUGUGGAAGGGGGUACAAGGUGGUGGGAGAAGCCUUGAGCACAUGCGAAAAUACCGGCAGUUGGAGUGGGGAUGUUCCUCAAUGUAUAUAUGUUGAUUGUGGGGAGCCAAAGAAAUUGCAACACGGACAAGUAGUACUGCCCACAAAUGCUACAUUCUACGGAGUACUUGCUCUCUAUUCGUGCUUCGAAAACUAUGAACUGGAAGGUGUUUCUAGAAGGUUGUGCCAAGAGAAUGGAACUUGGAGUUCAGAUGCUCCAAAAUGUCGAGAAAUUCAGUGUAAGGAGCCCAAAGCAAACAAAGGUGUUUUGUACAAAGUUGAAACUCGUAGCAUAGGAGGGACUGUAAAAUAUAGUUGUCCGAAAGGCUACUUGAUCCAAGGAAACUCUACUAGGACGUGUUUGAAAAAUGGCAGCUGGAGCGGAAUUGCGCCUGAAUGCAAACCAAGGAACUGUAGUUACCCCAAGGAUAUUGAGAAUGGAAGGAUAAUUGUAAUAAACGGCACUACCUAUAAUAGCGCCAUCGAGUAUCACUGUAUUCCAAACUUUGUACGUGAAGGGCCGUACUUGAGGAAAUGCAUGGAAAACGGCGAAUGGUCUGGAGAUGAACCCGCUUGCAAAGUUGCCGCUAACGAGACAAGAGACACAUCUCAAAUCGGCACAGGCAUCGGCAUUGGAGCAGGAGUACUUGUUUUUCUUCUGGUUCUUCUUGGAGCGAUUUACUUCAAGCUUCGUAAACCCGUCGCAGUGAAGAACACCGAGAACGUAGAAGAGGCCGAAAGGAAAGAGGACAAAAGCGCUGCCGUGAUGAGCUACGCAACGCUGAGUGAUCGCAAUGGCCAUGCAAACCUCUACGAGAACAUUCGAGAGGAGAACCUGUACGAUGCUCCGUACGAGGAGCGGAGGAGGAGGGACAGUGGCGUGUACGAGCCGGAGCCAGGAGGAGGGGAUAACUUCAUCACGAUCAACGGGAUCACCGUGCGAUAGAGCAUGGCGGGAGACAUUUGAGUGAUAGCUUUUUUCUGAUGCGGGAACGGCUUGUUUCACACACUGGAAAUAUAGAGUGAAGGAAUUUAUAUAUAGAGUCACCAGAAGAUGAAGGAUGCGGUAUUAAAUUGUUUGACGAACAUGUUCCAUGAGUUGGGACGUCAAAAGUGUGAUUUUCUUCCGUGCUCAAAACCUUAGGAAUAAGAGUGUUGUCACUUCCAUGGUUCAUUGUUUGGUUAUUUAUUUGGUUAUCAAAAAGUUACCUCAGUGGCUCAUUUCAAUGUAGUGAUGAAAAAAGUGACAGCAACAGUAUAUUUUAGAUAGAUAUCCAGGUGAUAGUUAAUUCUUUGUUGCCGUUAAUAUUCAAUGCGUUGCAACCAUACACUGAACGAUCCUGAGAUCAUUACAAAUAUUUUAAAAUGUCCACGUCUGCCUGGUGAGCGGUGUUGCCGAAUUUACGAUUUUUCGGUAUUUCUACCGAAAAGAGACAUUUUUUCCAAAAUACCGAAAGCGCACUAAUUUUCUUAAAAUAACUCAGAUAUUUUUAGAUUGUUUACCGAAAAACAGCUGGAGCCAAAAAUAAAGCUUAGGCACUAGGGCACACGAGGAACGUAGAUUUGAGUUGCCUAUAAUUACACACACACUUCACUUACCCCGCUUUCCCAGUAUUGGCUUUGUUAGUAAUCCGUUAAAUAUUCAAUUAAGAUGUCAGGUGAUGAGGCUGAUAGCUCAGAAGUAAAACAGGAAAAUAUUCGCAAUUUUAUAAACAAGAAUGGGAAAACUAAUUUCCGGGACGGUUGCAAAGGAGUUUGAAUCGCGGCCAUUGUAAAAAUAAAAAUAUGUUUUUAUCGUAGAUGGCGCUGCGUAACGCAAAGGCCCUAAUUUUUUUCUUUUACCAAUUUUGUCCUUGAAUCUACCGAAUUUUAAUGACACUAUCUACCGAUUUAGUCUUUUCCGGUCCGGCAACACUGUCAACAGGUGUUUUGCAUUUGAGAUCGCAUGACGUUUUUGUGUCGAGUAACGUAUCUAGUCCAUCCAAAACAACAGAUAACCUCAUGCUCUCUUGUCGCUUUGGAGUGGCUCAAUUUUAGAAAAUUAAAUUGUGUAAGUGACUACGUAGAAGUAGAGGACCUAAUAAAUUGACAUCAUGACAUUUGGAGCGACUGUGAAUUUUAGCUUUUACAUCAAACGUACAAUUCAUUUAACCUGCAUUACAAAAAUAUUAUUUAAGUCACAAUCAAUGCGGAUACGGCGCUAAAGCCGCGAUAUUUUUUGCAUUAUAUUUUUUUACAAAAUACUACGCUCAGCCAUUUAAACAAGGCAAGUCCGAAAUUCAUACGACAGGUUAUACAGUUUCAUUUAAUAUGUGCGAUUGACAAGAAAAAACAACAAGGUUUCUAGAAUGAUCCAACAAAUAAAUACCGCAUGUUCGAAAGAUGGAAAAGAUAAUUACGAGAGACGGAGAUUCCUGAUCAUUUAAAUAAUCACGGUGUUGAUCAGUGUCAGCCAGUGUGUGAAAGAAGCCUGAUAAUGUAAUUGCAUGAUAGUGUUCUAUUUUUGGCGUAAUAAAGUUCCUCACAUAUAAUUUUCCAAUCUGUGUUUUGUAGUAGAUAAAUAAAAGUUACUUUAUUCUCACGAAGAUGGAGACGAUUACGUUUUGUUUACAAAAAUGAUGGAACGUUAUUCCAGGACUAGAAUAGUAUUCAAAUCAUACUCAUUCAGCCAAAGACUGCUGAAGAUUUUAUUUAUUCGGUAUGACUGUAUGUAAAUAGAUUAUCUAAUUUGUAAGUCAUAAAUACUCAGCUUUUCUCCUUCACGUCGCUAUCGUGUAUUUCUCAUUAUUUGUUUCGAGAAUAUUCCGCACUUUCAAUGGAGCGCGUAGUUAAAAUAAAAAGGUCCAAAAUUCAGUUUUUACAAAUAUAUAGGGUGAUUUAUCUAAACAUGACAAAUAUUAGUAUAACAUAGCCAAAGAUUUGACGUGCUUAGAUAAGUCACCCAGUAUAUCAGGAGAAACUGAAUUUAGAAUUAUUUCGUUAUCACAUACGAAAAGGCCUCAGUCCAUACUACCUGCCAUUUCACUAGGUCGCUUUAAGUACGGAACACCCUGUAUAGUCCUACAUGAUAAAUUGUGACAUUGACAUGAUAUACCUUUGGAACGUCUUAUUUUAUAAUACCUUCGUCUAGAAUUUGUAAAAUUUGAUGAAAGUCAAUAUCCAAAAAUCGAAAUGCACGAUAGUUUUUUUCCGAACAGUAUUGAACAUAAAUAUCGUCUAGCCAUCAAUUUAUGCUUGAUACUGUUCCAAUAAAUCUUACAGCUGUUCAUAGCAGGCACAUUCCAAAACUAACGUUCACACAUUCUAUCAUUUCUAGUGGUAGUUGCUGUAUUAUAGUUUCUUGUUUUAAUAAAAUUGUUGAGAUUAA